GUUACAGGAAGCUUUCUUUUUGUGUUUUCCUGAGAACUUUUCUCCUUUUUCGGACAGCAGGGAUUUCUGAAUUAGAACAAGGAUGGACAGUUAAUAAAAGUAUUGAGCAUCUCCAAGGAAACAGAAAACAGUAUGACACAAAAUACGAGCUUUCUCAAAAACUUUUUUCUUUACAAGUGUCUGUUUGCAUUAACUUUUUGGAACCAUGUCAGCCUGUCUGUGGAAGAUGAACUCUUUGCACCUGUUUCUAACAGUUUUCCAGAAGAUGGUUCUAACCAAAAAAUCAAGAGCCUGCCACUCCGGUAUACAAAGAAUCAUCCAUACAAAGCUAAUUUUGAUUGGGUUGUGAUACAAAAUACUACAGAGAGCUUGUCAUUGUCAGAAAUCACAAAUGACAAUGUAAAAAAAUUGGUAGCUUUAUUAUCUAAUUUCAGACAAGGAUCCAGGUUACAAAAUCUGACACUGACAAAUGUGUCACUGGAUUGGAAUGCACUUAUGAAAGUUUUUCAGACUGUAUGGCACUCAUCCAUUGAAUACUUCAAUAUUAACAGUGUAACACAACUGUCAGACAUUAGAAGUUAUGACUUUGACUAUUCUGGUACCUCAAUGAAAGCACUGACAAUAAAGAAAAUUCUAAUCACAGACUUAUACUUCAUACAGGAUGACCUAUACAGAAUAUUUGCAGACAUGAAUAUUGCAGACAUGACAAUAGCUGAUUCAGAGAUGAUUCAUAUGCUUUGUCCUUCAUCUAAGAGUCCCUUUAGAUACCUAAAUUUUUUAAAGAAUGAUUUAACAGAUUUUCUUUUUCAAAAAUGUGACAACCUACUUCAGCUGGAGACAUUAAUCUUGCAGAAGAAUAAAUUUGAGAGCCUUUACAAGGUAAGUUUCAUGACCAGCCAUAUGAAAUCACUGAAAUACCUGGACAUGAGCAGCAACCUGCUGCGCCACGAUGGAGCCGACGUGCAGUGCCAGUGGGCUGAGUCUCUGACAGAGCUGGACCUGUCCUCCAAUCAGUUGGCAGAUGCUGUGUUUGAAUGCUUGCCCGUCAACAUCAAAAAACUCGGCCUACAAAACAAUCAGAUCAGCAAUGUCCCCAGGGGGAUCGUGCAGCUGGAAUCCCUGCAAGAGCUGAACCUGGCAUCCAACAGGCUGGCUGACCUGCCAGGGUGCAGUGGCUUUCCGUCCCUGCAGUUCCUGAACACAGAGAUGAAUUCGAUCCUCACCCCGUCAGCUGAGUUCUUCCGGAGCUGCCCAAGGGUCAGGGAGCUGCAGGCCGGGCACAACCCGUUCAAGUGUUCCUGUGAACUGCAGGCCUUUAUCCGCCUGGAGAGGCGGGCAGGGGGGAAGCUGUUCGGCUGGCCGGCGGCGUACGUGUGCGAGUACCCGGAAGGCUUGCGAGGAACGGAGCUCAAGGACUUCCACCUGAGCCUGCUGGCUUGCAACACGACGCUCCUGCUUGUGACAGCUCUGCUGCUAACGCUGGUGCUGGUGGCUGCGGUGGCCUUCCUGUGCAUCUACCUGGAUGUGCCGUGGUACGUGCGGAUGACAUGGCAGUGGACGCAGACGAAGCGCAGAGCUUGGCACAGCCCGCCCGGAGAUCAGGGGGCCGUUCUGCAAUUCCACGCGUUCAUUUCCUACAGCGAGCGCGAUUCGCUGUGGGUGAAGAACGAGCUGAUCCCGAACCUGGAGAAGGGGGAGGGCUGCGUGCGGCUGUGCCAGCACGAGAGGAACUUUAUCCCUGGCAAGAGCAUUGUGGAGAACAUCAUCAACUGCAUUGAGAAGAGCUACAAGUCGAUCUUUGUGUUGUCUCCCAACUUUGUGCAGAGCGAGUGGUGUCACUAUGAGCUGUACUUUGCCCAUCACAAGUUAUUCAGUGAGAAUUCCAACAGCUUAAUCCUCGUUUUACUGGAGCCUAUCCCUCCGUACCUUAUCCCUGCCAGGUAUCACAAGCUGAAAGCUCUCAUGGCAAAGCGCACUUACCUGGAGUGGCCGAAGGAGAGGAGCAAGCGUGCCCUAUUCUGGGCUAACCUGAGGGCAGCCAUUAACAUUAACCUGCCAAAAGCUGAUGAAAACUGGUCUGAGGAAAUAGAUGAAGAACUUCUGUAAUGGAGUUUCAUCUGUUUUUCUUUUUAGUGAAACAAUAAAUACGAUUUUCAUUCAUUGUAAAUGUAUUUAACUUUUUCUUACAGUCUUGUUUCUAACUAGUUGUCUGUGUUGCCUCCUAACUCUAGUCAAAAUUCAAUUCACCAUAUUGCAAAUCUCUUGAGAUAGCAAGUUGCAAAUUAAUUUGAAUUUUGAAAUAUGAGUUGAAAUAUUGUGAGUUUUUCUCAGCAGAGUAAAAUCUGGAGCAGUUGGUAUAGUCAUGUGGAAGAAUACUACGGCUGCUGGAAAGUUUGCAGAACUUCUUUAAUCACACAGUUUAUAAAGCUUUGUCAAAGGAGACCUUUUGCUAAAAUUGGUUCAUGUGAAAGAAAAUUAAGGGUCCUGAGAAGAUGUCUGAAGUCCAGAGCUCAGAAUGGUUGCCAAAUAGUCUUUGCUCAGAUUCUGUAAAGAUCAAAAGGAUAGGACCCAGCUACAGAAGUUUGUGAACUUUGAUCUUGCCAAAAACAAAGAUUGAGGAAGGAAGAAAAGUUUUGGGCUUUUCUCUUAAGGGUAAAAAGAAAGAUGAGGUACUUCACAUUUUAACUUGGCAUUGCAGCAAGGGAGAAUCAGUGAAUUGAUGGAACUCUAAUACCCCUAGAGUCCUGGUACCAUUUUGAUCCUGAGAGAUACCUUGACCAGAGGGGGUGUGAGGCUGCAGGAACAGAACUGCCUUCAUCAUAUUGUCUAUUUUUUGAGAAACUCCUGACAUCUCUAAAUCAUACCUUUUUCCCCCCGAGAUUUCUACUUUUUGUCUUCUCAUCCAUAUAUCUUACUUUGUGCUUAUUGUUAAAGGAAUCUGUCCUUUUCAGCUGAAACUGUAUCUCCUGUAGCACAGCUAUGACUUGUGAUCAGAAAGUCAAUAACCAGUCAGAGUCAGAAAAAAUUCCCAGGUCUUGAGACAGCAGGUAAGACUUUAUUCACUGAGUUAGAAAAACAAACUACAUUUACAAUAUUUGCUUUCCUUUACAGAAAUAUAGCAGGCCCCUCUGUCUGUGCUUACACUGUUUUAGCUUCAAAAAAGCAUGGCAGGGCUCACGCAAACAUUCACAACUGCUAAAGUUGAUGACAGCAAACUUCCUCUUUGCCCCAAUAAGGGAAGAUUGUUUGAAAUACCAGAGCUAGAUGACCGUCAAGCAGGAAGUUUCCCUUCAAAAAUGAAUUUCAACAUGUAUAUGAGAGAAGAAGGGAUGUUAUGAUGAAAUCCUCAUGUAGUAUAGAAUAUUUACAUUUUAUCAUAUUUUUGCCUUCCAUUAUUAGCAAAAGGUGUUAAUUUUGAUUCUUCUUCUUGCCUGAGGUCUAAGUAUGAUGAGAUUUCUUGACCUGAAGCCUUGAACUCUGAGUGACUGUUUAUGACCUGUAAAAGAAAGGUCAAAUUUAACACUUAGCUCUCUCAUCCCACUUAGCCUCAAAAUUAAUAUAACAUACCUGUUACCAAAUUGCAGACAUUUCAUUUAGGACUGUGGAAAUAAAUGGUUACUUUCUGCUUCCUCCUUCCCCUCCAAUUACUUCUUCAGUGUGUGACCCUUGGAUAAGUGUAGAUGAUCAGAGAGCUUGUUUUGCCUGUCCCUUUUUCACAACCAGGGGCAGCUGGAUUAUGUGGUGCCUUGCUUGAAAAUUUUCUUCAAAAGCCUCAGAGUUUUAGGCCAGUUACCCUUGAAACCUCUGCAAUACAAUUAACAUCCCCUUGUUGUGUGUAACCUUAAGAACUCAUCUGUCGUCUUCUGUUGGCUGGAAGACAGAGAAACCCUCUGAAAGUCAGAGGUGCACCAAGAAACCUUCCUGUUACUCAUGUGGGAGCCAUAGCCAUUACCAGAAAUUAAGGAAUGGAAGGUUUUAGCAAGGCAAGCAAGGUUUUUUUGCCACUUUGGAUAGAACUUGGAAUUGUGUGACCUCAGGAAAUGUAGAUGAUGUUAUGAUAAGCAGAGCAAUUACACUUCUGUGCUAUUAUAGGUUUCUGGAUUCCAAAAUCGUUGAGUGAAUAAAUUGGAAAGGGUGGCUUUUAAUGAGCAUGGGCAUCAAUUAAAAUUUGUACUUUGGAACCAGAAGCCCACAUGCUAUUAUCUUCUUUCCAUAUGUGCCAAAUAAUUGAUAAAACAGCUAAACAUGCAAUGAAUUAUUAGAACUAGUUUCUCUGAUUCCACAAGAGACAACGAGUUUCUCAAGUGUUAUUAGAAUAUUUCUAACAAUUAUCUCAGCCUCUGUCAUACUGUCAACCCUUUCUAUAAAACCAGCUUUAAUCCAUGAAGAAAUUUUUCCAUGUUCAUGUGUUGUCUCACAGCACGUCUCACAGCACAUGAGCCAGUUUAUCUGCACAUUUUGGAAAGAGACUAACUUUUCUGUGCAGCCUGGAGAUGUUUGCCUGCAUUUGGUGCUGCACUGAAAUGUCUAACUGCUGCUGCACUCCAGUUAUCAGGAAAAGGGAGUGUGUAAAUAUGUUCUGAUGUCAGAUACUGUAUCAGAGCAGAUUCCUGGCAUUGGACUAGUCAUCUUGGUGACUAGCAGGAAUGGUAUUUUCACAUACAUAAAAAUAUCAACAUACAAAACUGAUAACAUUAAACACCCUCCAAAACCUAAAAAAUGUGCAGAAUCAAGUGAAAGUGUAAAAGUUUUUUAUGUAUGUUUAAGCAGUGUGUAGUAUAAAGGAAACUGAACUGUGGCAGACAGGGAGACUUGACACAAUGUAGGUUGCCCUGCUGAGAGCUCAGCUCUUCUUCAGCUUUAGAAAUGUUACAAAACAUCUUCACUGAAGUUCAGCUGCAGAGAGUUAGAGGAAGGAAGGGCACUCAAGGGAAAAUAAUGACACUCUGUGGGAGAUUCUGCUGAGCAGAAGGUUCAAAACUUCUGUGAAACCCAUGUUUACUCAGGGCUUUGGUUAGUCUGUUUUUUCUUUUGGAAAUAUUUGCUCAGAUUGACUAUAAUACUCAUUUUUGUUUUGUCAAAAGAAAGCAGUAUUUAUAAUCAAUAAAUGAGAAAAUUGUGUGUCCUGCAAGGUGGCUCUGGGUUACCAAUUUGAUUUCCACAACUUUGAUCCUUGUGUCUAUUUAUAUCAAAGCAAAAUAGACUUGAGCAUCAAUGUGAUACAGUCCCUGCUCACUUUGACUUGUGGUGGCAUUUAGCCUUUGUUUCACCUACUUGACGUACAGCUGAUAGUGACAAUUACAGUUAAACACUGAUGUGACCAAA